GCCAGGAAAACUCUACAUCUCUCCUCGCACGGAUUACAUCUUCAGUUAACGUGGGGACAGCGGAGCAAGCACACACUGCAGUGUUAAGUAUGGCGUCCUCGGCUGUUCAAGUCCAAGAUCCCUUCCAGACUCUCACUGUCCUCUGUCGGGAACCUUUUUGGAAUGCAACGCGAGUAUGGGCGUCCGAGGUACCCGAGAUGGGCGCGUGUCUGGAAAGGACGGCGUUGGUGUGGGCGCCGAGUGUCCUGCUGUGGGCGUUCGGGUUACCGCGUCUCGCCCAGCUCAGGAGGCGCCCGUCCGACCCCGCUCCAUGGACAAUGCUCGUGAGCUGCAAGGUGUUCUUCACGGCGAUCCUGCUGGCGUCGACGGCCACCCAGCUGGCUUGGGCGGCGGCUGGAGGAGAGAACAUUCCUCCGGCAGAGCACGUCGAAGGGGCGGUUCUCUCGGCGACUUAUAGCCUUCACAUGAUGCUCAUCCUGGUGGGGAGGAGGAAAGGUGCACGGAGCAGCGGGUUCAUCUGGCUAUAUUGGCUGUUCUCGUUAGUGUGCAGCCUCCCUCAACUCUAUGCUUUCUUCGGCGGAUUAAAUGGAAGAAUCCAGGGUGUUCCUCGCACGGUCGCCGCUACCUUCGUCAUACAGUUCCUCUGUCACGUCGCGCUGUUCCUCGCCAGCUGCUUCAGCGACUCCCGCUCUGCCAACGAGAAAGGCGAGGCAUCGGAGAAGCCGUCUCCGCUGCUGCAGGCGUCUCUCCCAAGCCGCCUCUUCUUCUGGUGGACUCUGCCCCUCGUCUGGCGCGGCUGGAGACGCCCCUUGACAUCGGAUGACCUCUGGGACAUCGAGCCCCAAAAUUCCUCUUCGACGCUCGCGGUCCAGUGGGAUAAUGCUAUCAGCAGGGACAAGGAAUCUACUUCACCAGCAUACAAAACGCUAAAGAAAGCCCGCUACGAACGGGUCACGACGCCAGACAGUGAAGUCUCUAUCCUGCUCUGCAUGUGGAGACUGGCGAAGGGCGCCUUCCUCGCCUCCCUGCUCUUCCAUUCCUUGUCGGAGGGCUUGCAGUUCCUCACUCCUCGGAUCCUCAGUCGAAUCAUCAAGUUCAUGGCUGACGGCGACGAACCCGAGUGGCAUGGCUACUUCUACGCGGUCUCGCUCUUCCUGUCCUGCGGCGUGAGUUCCCUCCUGAGAAACGUCUUCAGCUUUAGGAUAUACUGUCUUUCGACGAGGAUCAGAUCAGUAAUCAUGACGGCUGUCUAUCGCAAGGCUCUUUCCCUCUCGGGAACGGCUCGGCGCGACUCAAGCGUUGGCGAGAUCGUUAACCUAAUGGCAGUCGAUGCACAAAUCAUUGGCCGCAUUUUUGCAGUGAUUUGCUACCUCGUUACCUUGCCUGUGACAAUCAUCGUCUCCAUCAUCUUGCUUUGGCAACAACUCGGUGCGAGUGUGUUGGCCGGAGUGGCGGUGCUGGUUCUCCUGGUGCCGCUGACUAGCUUCUUGGCCAAUAGGGUCAAGGUUCUUCAACAAGCCAAUACGAAGUUCGGAGAUCAACGAGUGAAGUUGAUGAACGAGAUCAUUAGUGGAAUUAAGGUAUUGAAACUAUAUGCAUGGGAAGGAGCCUUCUCUAGCAUGGUAGACAAAAUCAGAAAAAAAGAAAUGAAUCUUCAACAGAAAGUGGCUCUGUGUAAAGCCCUCAAUUCUUUCUUAUCUGGCACAUCACCAUACACAGUCGCUCUGGCCACCUUUACUACAUACUUGUUAGUAUCUCCGGAGAACAUCCUUGAUGUAGAAAAAGCCUUUGUGUCUAUAUCAUUAUUCAAUAUCAUGAGGAUACCAAUCUGUAAGCUGCCCAUCAUCAUCUCCGACAUAAUCCAGGUAACUGUAGCUUUAAAGCGAGUCCAGAAGUUCACCAGUGCAGAGGAACUGGAUCCAACAGCUGUAUGCAGAGAUCAUUCUGAAGCUAAUGCUUUAGUCAUUCGACGCGGCAAAUUCACUUGGGCAGGCGACGAAGACCAGGCAACCUGGGAGUUGAAAGACAUCAAUCUGGAAGUUGGUCAUGGGAAACUGGUGGCAGUGGUGGGAUCAGUAGGUGCUGGCAAGAGUUCUCUCAUCUCGGCACUCCUGGGGGAGAUGAGGAAGCUUGAGGGCAAAGUUGUUGUCAAUGGGCGUGUGGCAUAUGUGUCCCAACAGGCGUGGCUCCAGAAUGCCACCUUGAGGGACAACAUCAUCUGGGGCCAGCCUUUCGAUGAGAAGAGGUACCGGCAGGUAUUGACUGUAUGCGCCCUCCAGCAAGACCUUAACAUGUUCCCUGGAGGCGACAUGACAGAGAUUGGAGAAAAGGGCAUCAACCUGAGCGGUGGUCAAAAGCAGCGCGUGUCCUUGGCUCGUGCUGCCUACAGUGAUGCUGACGUCUACUUGCUUGAUGACCCUUUGAGUGCUGUCGAUGCCCACGUUGGUCGAUUCAUUUUCGAUAAUGUUAUCGGACCUCAGGGUAUUUUGAAAGACAAGACUCGCCUUCUGGUGACCCAUGCUGUGACCUUUCUACCUCGGGUGGAUGAGGUGAUAGUGAUUAAGGACGGCCAAUUGUUAGAGAAAGGCACAUACAACAGCCUUAUAGCCAAACAGGGAGACUUCGCCAACUAUGUGCUGCGCCACCAAACUGAAAACGCAGAAGAAAAAUCCGAAAAAGAUCUGAAGCUGUCGGGAUCUGAUCCUCUCCUUCGUCAGGUGUCAUCGGAGUCCACCAAGUCUUCUGUUAACAACAGGGACUUGCCGCUGCUCACUAUGAAGAUAAAUAAUGAUGAAAAAGAAGAGACAGAAAAGCUGCGAAGUAAAGGGAGAGUUAGUAGCAAAACGAUCAAAGGACAAACGCUAGUGCAAGAGGAAAUAUCUGAAACAGGGAAGAUAUCUCGACACGUCUACCUAAUAUAUGGAAAAUCUAUAGGUCUAGUUUAUGCUGUGGUUCCUCUGGUCUUUAUAACUCUUGGACAGACUAGUAACGUUAGCAGUAAUGUAUGGCUGUCAAAAUAUUCCUUCACAAGUGCAAACGAUUUAUGUGGCGCUAACGUUACUUCGAGCAGCUUCGCCGUCACCCGAGAAAUGUUCCUCCUUGGCUAUGGGGCCUUUGGAGUCGCGCAAGCCUUGUUCCUGUUCCUGGGAAUGCUGUCGCUAAUGCAGGGAUGCCUAAGGGCGUCGCGGGCCCUCCACCAGCGCCUUUUGCAGAGCGUCGUGCGUCUCCCCAUGAGCUUCUUCGACACCAACCCCAGCGGGAGGAUCAUCAACAGGUUCAGCAAGGAAAUCAGCGUCUUGGACAUCAUCCUGCCGGACGUCGUCUGCGCUUCCUUCGACCGCAUCGUGCAGGUUAUCAUAAAACUAAUCAUGAUCAUCGCCGCCAUCCCUGCGGCUGGCGUCUUCAUGGUACCGAUCAUGGCCCUUUACUACGUCGUCCAGUCGUUCUAUAUCGCCUCGUCAAGACAACUCAAGCGCAUUGCGUCCGUCUCAAGAUCCCCUGUGUACUCUCACUUCAGCGAGACUCUUCAAGGAGUGUCCAUAAUCCGAGCAUUUAAAAAGCAACAAGAAUUCUACGAGGAGUCUCUUCGUAAAGUCGAUUUAUCCUUGAAAGCUGUGUAUGCCAAUGCCGCUAUCAACAGGUGGGUGACAGUGAACCUUGAGACCGUAGGGCAUUUGAUUACCUUUACGACGGCCAUGGUGGGCGUGGUCGGGAGGGAGUACGUCGGCGCCAGCCUCCUGGGACUCGCCCUGUCCUACGCGCUCAAUCUGAUCGGCGACCUCGAAAUGCUGGUGCGCGUCUCAUCUGAAAUGGAGGCCAGUAUUGUAUCCGUGGAAAGGAUCAACGACUAUUUGGAGAGAGAACAGGAGGCAGCCUGGACCACGAGCGACACCCACUCCGUGUGGCCCGAGGAAGGAAAAAUAUCCUUCAGGAAUUUUCAGACGCGUUACAGAGCCGGCCUCGACCUCGUUCUUAAGGGCAUCACGUGUUCCUUCGAGCCAGCGGAGAAGGUUGGCAUCGUGGGGCGCACAGGAGCGGGCAAGUCCUCCCUGACUUUGGCGCUUUUUCGGCUGACUGAAGGUGUUGGCGGCGAGAUUGACAUUGAUAACGUCAACAUCGCUAAUGUCGGCCUCCACGAUCUGAGAGGUCGGAUCAGUAUUAUUCCCCAGGAUCCAGUGCUCUUCAGCGGGACUGUGCGUCUCAACGUGGACCCUCUCGGCGUUUGCUCUGACGGCAACAUCUGGAAAGCGCUCGAACUGGCUCACCUCGCCGCCCACAUCCGAUCUCAGCCAAUGGGACUGCAGCACGUGGUGGACGAAGGCGGGGCUAAUUUCAGCAUCGGCCAAAGGCAACUCGUGUGUCUUGCCCGAGCUCUCCUGAGGAAGUCUCGCGUGCUGGUGCUUGACGAGGCCACCGCUGCCGUCGACCUGGAGACCGACGACCUGAUUCAAGCCACCAUCAGGUCGCAGUUCGCACACUGUACCGUCCUCACCAUCGCACAUCGCCUCAACACCAUCAUGGACAGUGACAGGGUAUUAGUGUUAGACCAUGGGAAAAUAGCAGAGUUUGCCCCUCCUGCUGUUCUUCUGGCAGACCCGGAUUCCGUUUUCUAUGGAAUGGCUAAAGAUGCAGGCUUGGUAUAAAGUUACUUUUCAUAUCAUUAAGCUAUGAUGAUACAAAGACAAAAAAAGAAAAGAAAAAAAGGGGGGGGGGGUACGCAGAAGGAGGAUCAUACAGGGUAAAUGUUAUUAAUAUACUAAAGACAAAGGAAUGUUAUAAUUUACAAGGUCCACCAUUAACUCUUAGGACCCUGGUACUAUUGUAAAGUCCGGGCCCUUUCCGCCUUAUUCCUCAAGUCUGGGAGCACCUGGUCUCACAGAAUUUAAACCAAGUACUAGCUGAAAUCAAACAAGAUUACAGUGAAUUUAUUUAUUAUAAUAAUAGUAGGGAGUACAGAAAAUAUAGUUGAUCAGUAAAGUGCUGUCCCGGACUCCCAGAAAUCCGGGCCCAUAGGAAGUACUGCAUUUCCCCCUCAUACAUAUAAUAGUAUAAACAGGCAUAAUUUGAAAUAUAUAUAUAUAAAAUUAUAAAAUUAUCUUUGUGUACAUGUUACUGCAUUUUUGUUGUUAGAGUAUCAUAUUAUAGGUGCUAUUGUUUUCCCCAGUUCAUAAUGACGUGUUUACGGGUCAUUUCGUCAUAUGUAUUUUUUGUACUUAAGAAAUUUAAUAAAUUAAUUUAGAUA